CACGCCCAUACAGAUAAUGGCUUCUGCACACAGCUAAUUAACUAGCUAGCAUAUUUAAGUGUUGGCUCAUACAUCUUAUAUACAUGUAGAUAAAGUAAAACUGAACUCUGAGAUCGAGAGAAUUAUAUUGUCGGAGCUACUUCUAUACACAGCAUGGCUCUAGUAGAAGAAGACUUGCCUGGAGUAAACAAAGUGAGGUCAGACUUCCAAGUGCGUGAGGAUGAGUCCUUGGCCCAUCGUCUCCAGGAGGAGGAAUUUGACGACCACUACAACUCAAAUGUGCAGGUGCGUCGCACUGCGAGGGUGGAUGCCAAUGUAGCCAUUGGCAUGCAAAAGGCAGAAGUGGACCGGUUUAAAGCUGAGGAGCAGAUCAGGAGGAGAGAGCUUGAGGAAAAAGAAGAGCGAGACAAGGAGCACGCUGCACAGCUGGCACGAAAGAUAAAGGAGGAGGAAGAGGUACACAGAGCCAUGAAGAUGCAAGAUGAAAUUAUGGCCAAGAAACUUUUCGAACAGGAACAAGAAACGGUUAUUAAGCGCAAACGUCAGGAACAAGAAGACAGUCGAUUUGCCAGACAGUCGUCUCUCCAUGAGGAGCAGUCGAUCCGAGAGCGUCGCCAAAAGGAGCUUCAACUCUCUGAACAAGAGGCCCGACGAUUGGAAAUGGAAGAAGGACAUAAGUUGGAGAGGAAGCGACGUGACCAGAGUCUCUCAGAGACAGAAGCACGAAGACUGUAUGAGCUGCAGAAACAAGCUCUUGAGCGCAAGAAGAGAGAGCAGUCACUGUCAGAGGAUGAAGUUAGGAGGAUGAGGCAACUGGAGCUGGGAGCUAAGGGAGCAAGCAGCCCUCACCGUGGAAGCCCAUCUCAAGGUGGACCAGCAUCCCUCCCUCCUGGAGGUAGCCAACGUGCUUCCCAGAGAGGAAAUCCCUCAGCAUCACUGCCUCCCGGAGCUUUGUCCAAUGCUACUAGGCAUCACAAAGAAUCAGUUGACUAUGUUGGAUCUCCUAGUUCAAGUAUCGGAGCCUCCUCUGUUCCUGGUGGGGAGGACUUUCAAUUGCCGUCCUAUGAUGAUCUCGUUGGAGGCAAUCACGAUGAUGAAGAAGAAGAGCAUGUAAUGGAUGAGAAUGAGCGAAUAGCCUUGCAAGAGGCAGAGGAUGAAAGAAUGGCUCGUCAGCUGGCACAUGGAGUCGAUGGUGCAGAGCGGGAGAGAAGGGAGCGUGAAGAUAUGGAGUUUGCCAGGAAGUUGCUUGAACAGGAAUCCAAGGGGAAACAAAAGACGCAGUCUCCACAUCACCAGGAUGAUGUGGAGCUGGCUCGGCGGUUGCAGCAACAGGAGGUGGCAUCCAGACAAAAGAUGAAGCAGCAGAGGGCACAGUCAUUGGACCAACCAGCACCCACCUUGCCUGGAGAGGAUGCUGCCAGUCUGGAGCUGGCCAGACGUCUACAGAGAGAAGAAGUUAUGAGACACCGUCAGUUGAAGCAACAGAAGCUAGCCCAACAGAGAGUGAUGAGUGAAGCUGAGGCUCAAAAGAGACAUACACCUCCUAUGGAGCCCACAAGACAGCAGCAGACAUUCCCGCAGCCGUCCAGAUCCCAGCAACCUAAAGAGACCAAACCACCCCCUAAACAAGUCCAGUACUCCUCACAGACUGCUCGGUCAUCAGCUACCCAGUCACCUGUGCACACACAAGGGCCACCUCAAGCUGGGAACCCAGAACAGAGUGUGCUGACUGCAUACCAGCCGGCCAUGACAGGCUAUCAGGUUCCUCUGGCCUCUCAUACAGGAUCAGUAAUACCUCAAGCAAGACCCUCUUACAAGAGAGAUCCUGGCAAGAAGAAGGGAAAAAAGUAAUUGACAAACUAAUUGUGCAUGGCUGCUCGUUUUCCCUGUCUUCCCCAAAACUCUUAUUUUUAUGACAAUAAGUAAAAAAGAGUUUUAGUAAUGCUCUGCUUCUGUACAUAAAGUACUUGUAUGUUUAUAUAUACUGUGUGAAUGUCAAGCAUGCAUAAUUGUUUGGCUGUAUUUCCAGGAGUACACUCCUGGUAUUCGUAAAUUGGUUUGUAUGAAUAACGCUCAUUGUAUUCUUCACAUAACUUC